AUGGGGGCUUUGGUUUCCCGAUGGAAGACAACGCCAACUACGGUUGAGCAGCUCGAGAACUUGGACAAGGAGAUCAAAGAGUUGGAAGAAUUUAGAGCCAAGAACCAGCGUCUGGAAAAGCUGUGGGUUGGCCGGUUGCUUUUCUACUCAUCUGUGAUGUACUUGAUGACCUGUUUCACUGUCUACUACCUCUACCUACCUGAAGCAUGGAAUCAGAGAAUAACCAUGGCUCUUCCUUUCUUUUUAUUCCCUGUGCUAGUAUGGUUCACCAGGAAGUUGUUGAUUUUCUUCUUCUCCAAACGCACAGAGAGAAACAAUGAUAAACUUGAGGAUUCGAAAGUUGCAAAAAGAAAGAUUCUAGAGGAAGUGAUGGAGACAGAGACCUACAAGAAUGCCAAGCUCAUAUUGGAGCGCUUCGACCCAGAAGCCAAGAAGAAAGCUGAGUUGGAGUCCACUCCAGUGCAUCCCCAGAUGACCCCUAGACCUGGGCAAGAGAUUCGGCAGAGGGGUGUAGGGAUGAAACCCAUGCUGAUGAACACCCCUGCUGCUAUGGCAAUGACCCCACUACCAGGAGUGCGACCCCAGAUGGGACCAGGUGGUACAAGUGCAACUCCAGGGGGACCACCUGAGAGAUCCACUCCAUCUCCAUCUGUCCCUCAGGGGGUAAUACCCAGAACACCUUGUUCCCCUAUUCCAGGUGUAGGUAUGCAUCCCCCAGGUCCUCCUCUGGCCAGACCAGUUCUGCCCAGAGACAGGGGAGCAGUUGACCGGGUCAUAGAAUAUCUGGUCGGAGAUGGACCCCAAAACAGAUAUGCUCUCAUUUGCCAGCAGUGCUUCUCUCAUAAUGGCAUGGCCUUAAAAGAAGAAUUUGAGUAUCUAGCAUUUCGUUGUGUAUAUUGCUACUUCCUGAACCCAGCUCGUAAAACACGUCCCCAGGCUCCCAGACUUCCACAGUUUAGCUAUGAGAGGAGCCUGAGGUCAGACUCGCCUUCCCCAGGACCAGUACCACAAUCUGGGGGAGAUACUGAGGAGAGUGCCCCCCCCUCUGGAGCCAAGGCUCUGGCUCCGUGGAGUUCGGUCCACAGUUUCACCACCGUCCAGACCCAGCAGAACCCAAAGCGCCCUCAGAAAGAGCCUUCACAGAAUCCAGACGAAAGAGAAGAGGGGCCUGGUAAGGAAGUGGAGAGUGACAGCCAGUCGGAAGAGAUGCAACAGCAGCUGGAGAAGGAGGAGGCGGAGGACAAGCCAGUCCAGGAGGAGGAUAGCCAGGAGUCAGCGCAAGCGCAUAGCGCCCCUUCAAGUCAAGAAAGAGAACUUCAGCCUUCUCAGUUAUAGAAAGACCAGAGGAGGGCUGUCACAUUCUCUUCAGACAGUUCAACAAAAAGGUUUUGAGAAAAUGCUCCUUUAAGGCCAUCGUAGAAAGGCAACAUUUUGAGGAAAUGGAGACGUUUGAUUUUAUCAGCUAUAAUGGCCAGCACUUUAAUUUCAUGGUACUUUACUUUUUUGAAGCUUAAAAUGAUUUGAUUUUAAACAUUGAUUUUGAUUUAAAUUUUCCAGCCCAUGUCAUUGCAAAAGGCAGUGCAGCCCAAUCCCCUUACUAUGGACUUGAUUUAACUGACUUGUUCCCAGAUGGGAUUGAUAGGCCAAAUAAGGGGUAAAACUCCUAAGGGAUGUACUUAAUAUACUAGGUCAUAAAGGGGUCUUUCUCAUCUUCCACUGCUAAUUGUUUCUUAGACAGUGGGUUUAUGGAAGAUAGUUAUUUUAUUUUUUUUACUUGAUCUCAAAAGUCAA